UGUCCGGCGACAGUGAUCCCGACAUGGCGGCGCAACCUAUUAAAAACAUGGAAGUGAAAAAAGAAUCUUUUCUGGAGUUUUACAUCCAUGGGGAGUUAAAACGCGUUAAUACAGUUGGACUCAAACCGGAAAUGACUCUGAAUGAUUACAUACGUAAUAAUUUGGGUUUGACUGGUACGAAAAACAUGUGUAAAGAAGGCGGGUGUGGUAUUUGCAUUGUUUCUGUAUCGAUUGAAAAUCCAGUCACAAAAGUACGCGAAGUAUUCGCAGUCAACUCAUGUUUAGUGUCGAUUUUAUCAUGCAACGGUUGGGACAUUACCACCAUUGAAGGUGUAGGCAAUCGGAAAAAAGGAUACCAUGCAAUUCAAGACAGAAUUGUGAAAUUAAACGGCACGCAGUGUGGUUUUUGUACACCUGGCAUGGUCAUGAACAUGUACGCAUUGCAACAGUCUGGUAAAACCAAAAUGGCCGACAUAGAAAACUCAUUCGGUGGUAAUACCUGUCGUUGUACCGGUUACCGUCCUAUACUAGAUGCUUUUAAAUCUCUUGCUGCUGACAGCGAUGAAGCUUUAUUAGGUAUCCUGCCCGAUAUUGAAGAAAUCAAACUAUGCAAAAAAGAUGGAUGUGAAAAAAUAUGUCCGACCCCAUGCGCUACAACCCCAAAAACACCAUUAUAUUAUGACCUAGGCAGUUCCUCUGAAUUACAAAAUGUUGGAAGUGUAUCAUCAGAACAAGUCUGGUUCAAAGUCUCCACAGUGGCGGAGAUCUUCUCGAUUAUCAACAAUCCAAACAAUGAAAACAGAAGUUAUAGGUUAAUCGCAGGCAAUACAGCCAAAGGUGUAUACAAGGAUAUGAAUAAGAGAGAUUAUUAUAUUGAUAUUAGUGGUGUGUCUGAGCUGCGCACGCAUUCAUUAAGUACCACACGUCUGACGAUUGGUGCAAAUUGCACGCUUGCGGAAACGAUGGACAUUUUCCUGAAUAUUGCCGACAGAGAUGAAGGAUUCAAACAUCUGACCAAAUGUGCUGAUCAUUUGGAUCUUGUUGCUAACGUCGCAGUUCGAAACAUUGGCACACUCGCAGGCAACUUGAUGAUUAAAUAUGCGCAUAAAGAAUUCCCCUCGGAUGUUUUUCUAAUUUUGGAAAUUAUGAAUGCGAAAAUCGUUAUAGAUAAUGGAUCUGCGGUCCAAAGUGUUUCACCCGCUACUUUCUUAAACUACAACCUAACAAAAAGUAUAAUCCGACGUAUAGAGAUCCCACCCCUUGACAACACGUUUUUCCUGGAAACCUACAAAAUCAUGCCACGUGCACAAAAUGCCCAUGGGUACGUCAACGCCGGUUUCCUGUUCCGCGUGCGUAACAAUUCCGUAGUCGCCGCAUCCAUUGUCUACGGUGGUAUUAACCCUAACUUUGUGCAUGCCACAGCUGCUGAAAAGUACAUCAUGGGCAAGCAACUCUUCAACAAUCAGAAUCUCAGCGUUUUCUUUCAGAACCUAUCCAGUGACAUUCAACCCAAUCACUUCCUACCUGAUCCCAGCCCUGAAUACCGUAAACAACUAGCAAUUGCACUCGCUUACAAAUUUAUCUUAUCCCUUGCUCCUGAAACCACCCUAUCAGCAGAUGUUCGUUCUGGAGCUAAGAAAUUAAUCCGCCCGGCAUUAUCCACCGGUGUGCAGGAAUACACCGUCAAUGAAGCGAUGCUUCCGGUUGGUAAAGGUGUAACCAAAUUGGAAGCUGUGGAUCAAGCUUCCGGUGCUGCUCAGUAUACUUUUGAUCUACCUGAUGCCCCGCAUCAGUUACACGCUGCGUUUGUAUACGCAAAUUUUGCACCUGGUUCCAAAUUGAAGGAUAUUGGUACUUCUAAGGCUAUGGCCAUCACAGGGGUUGAAGCAUUCUAUAAAGCUGAAGAUAUUCCUGGGAAGAAUACGUUUAUGGCACCGAUUAAUCCCUUUUUUUACAAUACAGACGAGCCACUUUUUGUUGCAACUGGUGAUUUUUUGAAGUUUUAUGGACAACCUGUGGGGAUCAUUGUAGCUUCAUCCAGGGAUAUAGCCAUGGAAGCAUCUGCUUUGGUGGAGAUCACUUGUGAUCCUGCACAAACUAGUCCUUUAUUAACUGUUCCAGCUGUUAUGGCACAAAAUGCCACGGAGAGGAUUCAUCAUGUCAAUACCAUUUUACCAAGUAAAAUAGAUCGUGAAGCAAAAGUGAAAUUUGAAGGUACCUUCAACAUGGGUUGUCAAGCUCACUUUGCCAUGGAAAUGCAAGUGGUGCAAGUCAUCCCAACCGAUGACGGAGGUCUACACAUCCAACCCUCUACUCAAUACAUUGAUGGUGUACAAUACGCUGUCUCCGAUGUCCUAAAGAUGCCCGCUAAUAAGAUAACCAUCACCGUGAAACGUGUAGGUGGUGCCUUUGGGUCCAAACUCACCCGUUCCCAAUGGACAGCAUGCGCCGCUGCACUUGCCGCUUACAAACUCAACCGACCAGUCAAGAUGGCGCUGUCUAUGGAAGAGAAUAUGAAUGUCAUAGGUAAACGUAACCCGGCAUACUGCACCUAUAAAGUGGGCACAGAUGAAAACGGAAUCAUCAAAUAUCUUGACCAGAAGAUCUACAGUGACGUAGGGGCCUACCACAAUUGUGUACCUGUCAUGCAAACACUGGAUGCUUUAACCAACACCUAUGUAUCUAAUACGUUUGAUCUGGAGUAUAAUUUUGUUAUUACUGACACACCUGCGUCCACAUGGGCAAGGGCCCCAGGUGCAGUUGAAGGUAUAGCUAUGUUGGAGAAUGUUUUGGAACAUAUUGCUUACAAAACAGGGAAAGAUCCACUUGAUGUGAGGAUGGCAAAUAUAAACCCUGCACAUACUACACUCUUGUCAAUGAUUAACCAGUUUAUUGUCUGGUCGGACUACAGGGCACGCCGGAAAGCAGUUGAUGAUUUCAACAAAGUCAAUAGAUGGCGCAAGAAGGGACUGGCUGUCAUUCCAAUCAGUAUCUCACUACAGUUUUUGGUUAAUCAUUACUCGCAGAUUUCAAUUUAUCAUAUUGAUGGGACCAUUGCGGUGUCACAUGGUGGAGUGGAGAUUGGUCAAGGUAUCAAUACCAAAGUAGCGCAGGUGGUUGCUUAUGAGUUUGGGGUACCUAUUGAGCAAAUUGUUAUUCGACCAACGGAUAAUAUGAUAUCGCCAAAUAACUUUGGCACUGGUGGUGCCCUCACUACUGAAUCAGUUUGCAUGAGUUUAAAAGCAGGUUGUGGGAAACUAAAAGAACGCAUCCAAUGGGCAAAGGGUAUUGCCAACCUCCCAGAUGAAACUCCAUGGCCACUAUUGGUGAAGAAUGCCUGGGCCCUUGGUGUAACCCUAACAGAAAACACAAUGUUUGUACAAGACCCUAAUGGACCCAACAAAGCUGAUUAUGUCAUCUACGGAGUAUGUGCCACCGAAGUGGAGGUAGAUAUGCUUACCGGAAGUCACAUCAUCAACCGCGUGGAUCUUUUUGAAGACGCCGGUGACAGUUCCAACCCUUUCGUUGAUAUUGGUCAAGUCGAGGGUGCGUUCACCAUGGGUAUGGGAUACUGGACCAUUGAAAACACUGUAUAUAACCAUGAUGGUCGUAACAUGACCACUAGUACAUGGAACUACAAACCACCAGGUCCCAAGGAUAUUCCUGUUAAUUUCAGGGUUAAACUACCCUCAAAUCAGCCGAAUCCAUCAACACCUUAUAAAAACAAAGCAACAUCGGAACCACCAACUUGUCUUGGAUUCUCAGUACCCUUGGCAAUCAAGGACGCUUUGAAAUCAGCACGGACCCAAGGCAAUCCGCAAGCUGACGGAUGGGUACCAAUCGAUGGUCCAUUUACCGUCGAGAAUAUAUUCAUGAAAUGCAUGAAUAACUUCAACCAAUAUCGUCUCUAACCUCAAAACUUACCUACUCAAUGUAUACAGGGUGUUGGAAUUUAUUACACGGUGACAGCAAUCAAUAAAAACAAAUUGUUUUAUUA